CGUUAAGUCUAUCGAGUCGUAAAUUUUGAUUGAGGAUGGCCGCCAAAGAUUCAUUUGAAAUUAUUGAUGGUGAAUCGCCAAAAGAGUUCACCGAAGUGACUUGUGAGCUUGAGGAGUUCGAAGUACAUUUUGAAGAUCAUGGUGAACCGCCUGCAAGUGUUGGAGAACUAUCUACAAGGAAUGAGACAGAAACAGAGCAGCCCAGGCAGCAAGGACUGUCUUUUGGAACUUUUUGGCAAGAACACCAUGACCAGAUGGAAAAGAAGGCUGAGGAUUGCGAGGAAGAAAAUUCUGAAUUGUUUCAGUUGGGGCAGGAUGGUUUUAACACAAGAAAACAAGAGCGUAGAAGCAAAGUGCGUCAGUUAUCUGAGAAAAUAAACAGGGAGUCCCAAAAGCCAGAAGUAAGCAGAUCAUCCCAGUCUCAGGAAAGAGCACCAUACAGUGAGAGGAUGGUAAGAAGGAUAGAGUCCAGUAGAGCUGAACCAUAUUUGGUCGAGUUUCAGUCUGGUCCAAAGGGUGGAAGCGGCUCACUGAGUUUCUCAAUCCUAUCAAUGCCACAGCAGGGAUCUGAGAAAGAUGUUUCAGGCAUUGAACAGUCUGCUUUGGGUGCUGGGCCAAGCCUUGUAACUAAGACUUUGCCUAACUCUGCUGAAGGUGGUGAAAUUGCCCCCCAUGUUCAUAGCACUACCCAAAUGCCAGAAGUAAGCAGAUCAUCCCAGUCUCAGGAAAGAGCACCAUACAGUGAGAGGAUGAUAAGAAUGAUAGAGACCAGUAGAGCUGAACCACAUUCAGUCGAGUUUCAGUCUGGUCCAAAGGGUGGAAGUGGCUCACUAAGUUUCUCAAUCCAACCAAUCCCAUGGCAGGGAUCUGAAAAAGAUGUUUCAGGCAAUGAACAGUCUGCUUUGGGUGCUGGGUCAAGCUUUGUAACUAAGACUUUGCCUAACUCUGCUGAAGGUAGUGAAAUUGCCCCCCAUGUUCAUAGCACUACUCAAAUGCCAGUAUUGGGAGAAUCACAGGCCCAUGUGGCAGGACUGCCCCAUCAUACACCUGGAAUACACCCGCAGUUUUUGGCACAGCAUUCAACAGACCAGUCUCUCCUUAAUAAUAACCAGACAAGAACUAGAAACCCACAAAUAUCAGGCGCAAGGUCUCAAAUGAGGCCAGAUGUGGACAGUCAAAACAUAUUUCUUGAUGGUCACACAUACCCGAAUCAUAGAAACAUGCCGACAGAGCAAGAUGACACAGCUGGAUGGCCAUCUACCAUGGAAAGAAGGAGAAUCACAGAGAGGUGGUGUUCUUGCUUCAGAUUAUUGGAGAAUGAUGAUGAUUUAAGACCAAUCAGUGAGUUAUGUUUUAGACAUCGUUACUGGGGACCUAGAACUUGUUCCCAAAUGAACCAACAUGUGUGCUGCUAUUGCUUUCAGGACGGUGUGGGUGACUUUUUGAGCUUGCCAUGCCAUCAUAAGUUCCACAGGGACUGCAUAAUUGCAGCAAUUCAAUUAAACAUGUUGAAUUGCCCAAUUUGUGGACAAGCCUUUUUGCAUUUGCCUUAAUUAAGAAAGCAGUCACACCUGUGUUGGGAUAUGAAGAUAUUCCUGGCCAUACCUGAACCAAACACCAUUUGUGUACACAGAAAGGAGGUUAACAUGUGUCAUACAAGAUGUUAAAGCUGAUUUUUUACACACGGUUUAAAAUUUUUUUCUUCGUAGAAGCUGCUUAAACCAAUGUUUGCCAACUUAAAAUGUAGCACACUGAAGAUACAAGUCCAUACUAAAUUAAUUUAUUCAGUCAAACAAAGUUGUAUGUUUUAUAUGUAUGUUGAGUUACGAUUUCAGAGUAAAAGGUUGAUAAAAAUCAUUAGAAGACAAUGCCAAUUACAAUUUUAAAUUACCAGUAA